UAUAAUUAUUUGUGCAUUAAUGUGCAAUCGUUAUUGUGUUGCAGCUGCUAAAGUUUAGCCACUUAGUCACCGGAUGUGGUCAAGUUAGGCUAAUACUGCGAAACAGUCGGUGGCGCACACACACAGACGACAGGUCGAACAUUAACAGACAGUGCUCUGAUAGCGUUAUCGCUGCCUGGACCGUACCAACAGGUGGGUGGAACGCUGUCGUUCCUCGGUCAAAUUAUUCCGCUGGCGAACGAAAAUAUGUCGACAAAGGAACUUUUUUGUAUUGUUCAUUCUUUACAAACGUUUCAUCACCAGGGCUCAUGUCGUCAAUCAUGAACCAGCCCCCCCGCCCCAGCCCCUGAACAAUUCGCUCACCCCCGUGUUUCGCACAACCCGCCUGUGAACGCUCACCUGUUGGCUGUCUGGCUGCCGUGGGGCGUUCAGGUACUCCCCCCUCCGCCGGCCUUUCGGAGAGACACGAAAUGGAGGCGACGCUGUCUGGCUGAGGGGAAAGUGCGUUUGCGCCCAGUGUUACGCCACAACCCUAUAGUGUCCCUUCUUCGUGUGUUUUGACAAAUUAUUAAUCGUUACCGUCGACGGAGACGCCGAGGAGAGAGGAUCGAAAAUGUUUUGGACGUUGGUAAUCGCCGCUUUAAUGGCAACAGAGUCCACCAUGGCCAUCUCGGUCCAGUGCCCGACCAAGAGGUACGUUGUAAUCCUCUUCCAGCCCGUCACCCUCACCUGUAACUACCAGUCAACCGCCACUCAGCCGCCCGUUGUCACGUGGAAGUACAAAUCAUACUGCCGGGACCCCAUCCAGGCGGCGCUGAAUCCCAGCAGCGCAGAAAACAUCCUGUCUCAGAACAACCCCAACUACGACGCCAACAUAGAGUGUGCCGACAGCCUGAGGACGGUGCGCAUAGUGGCCUCCAAACAGGGCAACGCGGUGUCUCUCGGUUCGGAGUACCAGGGCCGCAAGAUCAGCAUUAUCAACAAUGCGGACCUGAACAUCGCACAGACGGCGUGGGGCGACAGCGGUGUCUACGUCUGUUCUGUGAUCUCUUCCCAAGACCUUUCAGGAAACAGUGAAGACUACACUGAGCUCAUUGUCCUCGAGAGAAAGUCAAAUACUACUGACCUCCUGCCUGGCAUUGACUUACUGGUAAUGGAAGACUGGCUCCUGGUUGUUCUGGUGGUUUUUGGGUUCCUGUUGCUGCUGCUCCUCAUUGGGAUCUGCUGGUGCCAGUGUUGUCCACAUACCUGCUGCUGCUACAUCAGCUGCCCCUGCUGCCCCGACCGCUGCUGCUGCCCUCGAGCAUUGUACGAGGCGGGAAAAGCGGUGAAGAAAGGUGGGUCCAAUCUUUAUGCUCCCACCCUCUAUGCUCCCAGUAUGUAUGCUCAGCCAGCGUACAGUGGCCAUCUGCUGAACCAGCCGUCUAUGCCCAUGCUUCCUCUACCCAAUGGAGCUGGACCCCCACCGUCCCAGAAUGGCUAUGGUCGUGAUUAUGAUGGCGCCAGCUCAGUUGGACAGGGCUCCCAGGUGCCUUUGCUGCAUGAACAAGACGGUGGAGGGGACCACACUCGCAGUGGGUAUCGUAUCCAGGUGGACCCUGAUGGGAACGCCACCCGAGCCAUUUACUACAUGGAGCGGGAGCUGGCUAAACUGGACCCUUCCAGAUCUGGCAACUUCAACCGCAUGGAAAAUAUGAGCGAAGUCAGUUCCCUCCAUGAUGGCCUGGAUCCCCGAGGCCGCGGCGGCGGCCGUUCCCAGCCGCCGCCGUUGGCCACGGUCUAUGACCGGGAUGAAGCCAUGAGCACCAUCAGCAGUGUUUCGCAGCAGGGCCAUCGUCGCGACGACUACCCACGCCAUGGCGGCGGCUUCAUGGGGGAGCGCGCUCGCGCCCGCUCCAUGGAGAACCUCGACAACAUCGGACGCCGCUACAACCGAGACAACUCACCCCACCGCGAACCGAGAGGAAGGAGAGGCUCGGACGAUGAGUGGAGCACCAGCGCCCGGGGUGGCUAUGACCGCGACUUUGACGACCGCAGGCGUCGCGACUACUCCCCUGAUGACCACCGGAGAGGAGCGGGAGCAGCCAACGGCGGGCUCUCGGGGAGACGCAGUCGCAGCCGCGAUGAUCUGAUGGACCUGGAGAAGAAUCGCCAGUACGGCGGCGGCGCCACCAGGGGCAAGCGAGAUGAUUACGACGACAACUUCCUGCGAGAGGCGAUGGAGAGGAAGAAGAAGGGCGAGCAGCAGCGGGGGCGCAGCCGCGAGCAUCUUGACAGCGAGAGUGACCGCUCGGACCGGGGGAGGGCACCGCGUGGGGCCCCGCCUCUUCCUGUGAGCCCGCCAUCAGGAUACCCCGCUCGCCGCGACGACUAUCUUCCUCCUCCACCGCCACCACCUUACAGUGAAGAUGAAAGUAUGUCAUCAAAGAAAAGCAACCUCCGCAAGAAUGGAGCCGUGAGUCGGGAGAGCCUGGUUGUGUGACUACGAUGAUGUGAACAACCUGUCCAAUAAUGCAGCUUUGAUCCACCUUCUAAAAAAAAAAAGAAAGAAGAAGCACCAGUCAAUUUCUUAAACUGUAAAUAUUAGAAACACUGCUGACGUGCUUUGCAGAUUUUUUCAUAUUGCAGAAUUAUGAUGAUGAACUUAUUACAAAUGGAUGCUGAUGAAUGUGUAUGUUUUAUUUUUCCAACAGGGAAGAGCUGCACAAAUGAAAUGUUUCAUGCCUUCUCAUGUAUAAACGAUUGUGGCUGCCACAAGUGCCUUACAAGUGUACAGAAUGUAGUUUUGAAAGUCAAGUUGAUGCAUAAAUCUGUGAAAAGACGUUCAUGUUUACACCUAAACAUGUUCUGGUUUGUUUUCAACUUUGGCCGUGGUACAGGAAUAGAUGUAGAUAAUUUUUUUAGGGGUUAAUGUUUUUUUUUGACUUUUUUUCUUUUCCUUUUGCUUGUGAAAAAUAAGAAAUGUUGCUUUUAGUUAUUGUAGUGUAGUCACUCCAUGUAUCUAGAAACCCGGUGAGCAUCAUAGUCUCAGAAAAAAAAUGUGUUUUUGAGUACCUCCGUUUAUUUUUUUUAAUUUUUUCUUCUUCUUUUUUUAGCCAGAAUUUUAAACUUUUAAACCUUCAGUAUGUUGUACAGCCACGCACGCAGUAGUAUGCUUGUAAUAGUCAAAUGUUAAUUGUGACGUGAUGAAAUCUGAUUUUACAAUAAAGGGUCUCCUUCGCCAGGCCA